AAGAAGUGGAUAGAAGUAUGAGAAAAAUGUAAGGACAGAGAAUUUUGUGGAUAGAAACGGUAUUAACUGCUUAUGCAGUUCUCUGCCUGCAACUCUCACAUUGCAAACUUCAUGAUGGCUAUUUCCUCAGUGAAAUGCAAACCAUUGCUUCCACUUUCUCCUUUGCCAAAACCAUCCAUUUCAUGUUUUUCUUGCAAACCAAUUUCCCUUACCUCUCCAAUUCCUCCUCCUCUCUAUCAGAGAGGACAUGUUGCUGUCUCCGUUGCCUACAAUCCCCAAGGAAACUUCGACCUCUCCUUGUUUGAUGAUGAUGAUGAACAAAAAGUUGCACCUUCUCUGCCCCCAACUGAAGGCCGAUUUGAAGUUGUUAUUGACAAUGAUAUUAUUACUCGUCUUGACUUGUCCCCUUUUCAAGCUGCAACAGGCAUGAAGUCUCCUUUAUCUGUUGAACCAAAAGAGUUUCUUGAGCGCUCAAUUGGCUUCACCAUCAACUAUAAAAGAGAAGAUCCUCAUGAUCCUAGAGAAUUGUCAGAGUAUCCUGAUAUUAGGGUAUGGUUUGUGAGACUUGAUGCUACCUAUCCAUGGUUGCCAGUUUUGUUGGAUUGGAGAGCUGGAGAACUGGCUCGGUAUGCUGCAAUGAUGGUUCCACACCAGAUGAAUUUGAAAAUGGGAAUUGUUUUCAACCCGGAGGCGUUGGAACUGUUCGUCAUGAAGAAAGUCUUCAUCGUGUAUUCCUGGUUGAAGCAUCACAACAUUCCCAAGCCUAAAUUGAUAGCAAAUGAUAUGGCCAGAAUGCUUGGAUUUAGAAUUGGAGAUGAACUAUAUGACUUUGUUGAUAAGCAUCCGCUUGAUCUAUCGUAAAGGGGUGCCUAAACAGACAGUACUAUAAAUCAGUAACCCGAGAAUGAGAAUAACAAUUUUCUUGUUUCUGGUUUGAUUCAGUAUAUGAUGUAGUGUAAGCAUUUUAACAGUAAGUAGACAUGCAAAGGAGCAGUGACAUUGGUA